GAGGAGGCAAAGGAGGAGGAGGAGGAGGAGGCAAAGGAGGAGGAGGAGGAGGAGGCAAAGGAGGAGGAGGAGGAGGCAAAGGAGCAGCCACACUUCAGUGAAAAUCGGCCGCUCUUUGAUCUCGUGUCUAAAAGGGGGGAGAUGUGGGGCGGGAGGGUGGAGGAGGAGGAGGAGGAGGAGGAGGAUGGCGUGUCACCUUUUGAAGUCCUCCUUCCCUCUCCUCUUCCACCACCACCACCACCACCUCCUCCUCUUCUUAGACCCCAACCGACGCCCUUUGAUAGAAAUGGCAUUUUGGCAGGUGGAUGUGGCUGA